GCCUGGCCGCCGCACCUGCCGCGAGGCCGGGCGGAGCGGGGGCGGGCGGGCGCGAUGCCGAGCGGGCGGGGGUCGCGCGUCCUGUGGUCUGCUCUCUUCUCUGCCCCUCCGCGCUCCCCCUGCCUUUGUUCUGCCGAAGGCCCUGCGGGGGGGGGACCCUUGCCUUGGCGAGUGGACUCCGUAGAGUCCCCCUCCCCCGCCUCAGCGUCCUCAUCAGGGUGACCACCUCCGGGGCGCGCCCUCCUCUCUGCUCCCUGGUGGCCCUGGUGCGCGGGACGAGAUUUGGGCGCCCUUCGAGGGCUGCGGCUCUACUCGCGGACCGCCCCUCGCCCCGGCGCUCCCACCGGGAGCCGUCGGUUGCUCUGCUCGGUGGAACUCUGGAGCUCCCUGCGAUGCGCUCCGCGGCGGGACAGGUAGAGGUCUCCGGGUAAUCUCGGCGCGCGGCCGUGCCCCUGGGCCGCCCGGGAGAGCUUCCGAAAGCAGAAAUCCAGGCAAAAGUUGAAGUGCUGCGGGAGUCCUGGCAUUUUCUUUCCCUGGCUGGCUGUGCGAGUGAGAAACUCGCUGUAGGAGUUCCUUGCCACUUGCAUCACUGAUGCAAGCGGCCAGUGCUGGUUCUUCAGAAUGAAGCGCUUUACCCGCAGCGGCGCCCCUACACGAGUGAGGACGAAGCCUGGAAGUCCUUCCUGGAGAACCCCCUCACCGCGGCGACCAAGGCCAUGAUGAGCAUCAACGGGGACGAGGACAGCGCGGCCGCGCUGGGCCUGCUCUACGACUACUACAAGGUUCCCAGAGAGAGGAGGUCAUCGGUAGCAAAGGCCGAGGUUGAGCACCCGGAGGCAGACCACAGCAAAAGAAACAGCAUGCCGCAUGUGGCCGAGCAGCCCCUCCUUGCCGCCGGAGAGAACAGGGUGCAAGUGCUGAAAAACGUGCCGUUCAACAUCGUCCUCCCCCACGGCAACCAGCUGGGCAUCGACAAGAGAGGCCACCUAACAGUCCCUGAUACGACAGUCACCGUCUCCAUAGCAACGAUGCCUACCCACUCCAUCAAAACAGAAGCGCAGACCCACGGCUUCGCCGUGGGGAUCCCUCCGUCCGUGUACCACCCGGAGCCCGCCGAGCGCGUGCUGGUGUUCGACCGGAACCUCGGUGCCGACCACUUCGGCUCUGGCGCUCAGGCCCCGAACGCGCAGCGGCGAACUCCGGACUCCACCUUCUCGGAGACCUUCAAGGACGGCGUGCAGGAGGUUUUCUUCCCCUCGGACCUCAGUCUGCGGAUGCCUGGCAUGAACUCAGAGGACUAUGUUUUUGACAGUGUUUCUGGGAACAACUUCGAGUAUACGCUGGAAGCCUCCAAGUCGCUGCGGCAGAAGCCGGGAGACAGCACCAUGACAUACCUGAACAAAGGCCAGUUCUACCCGGUCACCCUGAAGGAAGUGGGCAGCAGGGAAGGCAUCCACCACCCCAUCAGCAAAGUGCGGAGCGUGAUCAUGGUGGUGUUCGCCGAAGACAAGAGCAGGGAGGACCAGCUGAGGCACUGGAAGUACUGGCACUCCCGGCAGCACACGGCCAAGCAGAGGUGCAUUGACAUCGCCGACUAUAAGGAGAGCUUCAACACCAUCAGCAACAUCGAGGAGAUUGCUUACAAUGCCAUUUCUUUCACUUGGGACAUUAAUGAUGAAGCCAAGGUGUUCAUCUCCGUGAACUGCCUGAGCACAGACUUCUCCUCGCAGAAGGGCGUGAAGGGGCUGCCCCUCAACAUCCAGAUCGACACCUACAGCUACAGCAACCGCAGCAACAAGCCCGCACACCGCGCCUACUGCCAGAUCAAGGUCUUCUGCGACAAGGGAGCCGAACGGAAAAUCAGGGACGAAGAACGCAAGCAGAGCAAGAGAAAAGGCAAGUGCACUGACCCCAGCUCCCAGUUGACCGCCUUCGCUGAUGCCAAAGUGCCGCUGCUGCCCUCUCACAAGCGGGUGGACAUCUCGGUCUUCAAGCCCUCCAUCGACCUCGACACCCAGCCCGUGCUCUUCAUCCCCGACGUGCACUUCGCCAACCUCCAGCGGGGCCCGCACGUCCUCCCCAUUGCCCCAGAAGAACUGGAGGGUGAAGGGCUGACCUUGAAAAGGGGGCCCUUCGGAUCCGAGGACGACUUUGUGAUCCAGACCCCUGCCAAGCUGGCCCGGACGGAAGAACCGAAGAGAGUGCUGCUCUACGUGCGCAAGGAGUCGGAAGAGGUCUUCGACGCCCUGAUGCUCAGGAGCCCGUCUCUGAAGGGCCUGGUGGAGGCGAUCUCCGACAAAUACGACGUUCCCCACGACAAGAUCGGGAAGAUAUUCAAGAAGUGUAAGAAAGGGAUCCUGGUCAACAUGGACGACAACAUCGUGAAGCACUACUCCAACGAGGACACCUUCCAGCUGCAGAUGGAGGAGGUGGGCGGGUCCUACAGGCUCACCCUCACGGAGAUCUGAGGCCGGCCCGGCCCCCGGGUGCCCACGAGUUCAGCGAAGGUGUCACAUAGGUCCCGUUGUUGGCGAAGCCGUCCGGUCGCCGGUUAGCCGCCUUCCAAACACACGGGCACCAGUGGGAGGGUCUCCUCUCCACUGGGAGCCACGCCAGGUGUGGAGACGGCGGUGUGCCGAUGACGCACCCCCACGGACUGUUACUACAUUUUUCUGAUACAGAUACUUAGGGUUAAAGUGAAAACCUCAUUCCGACACUUAACAGACUCUCUGGGAACCUGUAGGAUGUCUGCUGUUAUUUAUAAGAGUAUUUUUAUCACAGGUUACAUGCAAUAUUAUCUUGGACUGGAUUCAGGUGACUUGACUAUUCAGGUGACUAGCACAGUGGUCAGGCUGAGAACACGGGGCCGCUCCCUCGCCCCAUGGCCGCCGGCCUGCUGGCCCACGCGCCUGGGCAAGGGCGGUGGGCGUGGCUUUCAGGGGCUUCGCGCCCUGGCCUGAGCUCAGCCUGACCGCCUGCCUCGGGCUAGCGGGAGCGGCGUCCCAGGAACACAAGGUCCACCCUUCCUCCCUUAGCCUCCGUCACUCCCCAGAUGUUUACUCAAAGACAGCGUGUCACUGAGUCUUCUCUCGCUACUGUCUUAACUCAGCGACUGCCUUCCGAAGAACUCCAGUGGGCGCCCGCGUGAGUCAGUGACGCGGGCGCUCCAGGGUCCAUGAGUGCAAUACAUUCUCGAAGGCCGGUGUCUGUAAAUGUGUACAUACACACCCGAUGAAUAGAUAAUAUAUAAACACAGCGUCCGUGCCCACGCGGUGGGGAGCCGCGGUGGGAACCUCCUUGGGGACGUUGCCCCGGUGAAAGGUUAUUUUUGGCAGCGGCCCCAAGGCAGACCGGAACCCAAAACCCGCCAGAUCGCCCCUCUGCGGCCGCCGUUCCGCAGCCCGACCGGGCCUUCCUUCCCCGGCCACAGGUUCUGUUGGCUUCUGAGAGUGUCGGUUCUGGGUCUCUGCACUGUGCAACAAAUGAAGUAAAGGGAAGCGCUGCUGCGACUCCCGUGCACCCUGUGCGCCGUGUGCGCGGACACACGGGCCCGUGGGCGAGUCACACGCGCCCAACGCAGUGAGCGGACGGCCACUGCUGCAGGGCAGGGGCGGGGCCCGCAGGGCACCCCGGCCAUCCCGCUGGGGGCGGGGCCUGCCUGCCCUGCGUCGGAGACCCCGCCCCUUAGCCGUCGGGUGCACGGCACCUGCAGGACACGCGCGUGGGUUCGCGAGCCUGGGCCACCGUGGCGGGGAGCCCUCCGUGCACACGCUCCCACACGGGAACUGCUGGAAAGCGCCGUCUUCUGACAUGAAUCACGGGUGUCUUCAGGUUCAGGGAGCUUGUUCGAGAGAGGAGGGUGGGUAGCUACAUUCUCAUGUUAACGUAUCCUGUGAAGUGUGUGAACUGAAUCGCUGGCUUUCUAAGAUAAGAUAUGGGACACGGGUCGUAUAACAACAUUUUCUAUUUUGUUUUACGAAGUUGAUUUUGUUAUUGUUUUUCAUGGCAUCCUUGAAGAUGUAUUUUAAGCCAAAGGGAUUAAAUUUUAUAUGUCUAUUUCA